AUGCAACGCUCCCGCCAGGUAACCCCGGUCCGCAAGCUUCUGGCUCAAGAGCAACCCAAAAAUUCCUCGAAACAAGACACGAAAAAGGAUAAGAAGAAAGAAAAACAAUUGAAGGAAGAAAAAAUCUUCUCCAAAAGAGGAGAUAAAUCGGAAAAACCAAAAAAAGAGAAGAGAUCUAAAAGCCUCCCGGCUUCUAAGGCCACGGAAACGGAUCAGCAGAAACUGGAUCGGAAUAAGAAGAAAGCCGAGAAAAUCGCUGAAAAUAUGAAAAUGUGCGGGGUUUUCUAA